AUGGAAGAUAUUAUGAAGGAUACUAAGUUCUGGACAGCCCAGUGGACUGGUGACAACGAUCGUAAUGUAUUCGAAAUCCAGAGACAUUCAAAGAAAGUUGGUGUGCAUCUUGGAAGGCACACUUGUAGUUGCAACUUGUGGCAACUAACAGGAAUUCCAUGUGUUCAUGCGUUGACAGCUAUACAAAAGAGGUGUGAUAGGCUAGAACCUUAUGUGCACCCUUGGCUCAAAAUGGAUGCAUUUCGAGCCACGUAUGAACAUGUAAUCAGACCAGUCAACUUAGAGGAGUAUUGGAAAAAGACUGGUCUCUUGGCUCCAGAGCCACCCACCAUUAAGAGACCUCCUGGGCGGCCAACGAAGAAAAAGAGAAAACCUGAUCCUGUUGAGGAUUCACCAGAUGCAACAAAGGGAAGAAGGAUAUUCAUGGUCACUUGCCAAAAAUGUGGUCAGACUAGUCACAAUGCAAAGACAUGCAAGGGACCACCAAGGCCUAAACCACCCCCAAAGGUUAAGAAAAAUGGAUAG